UUUGGCAGCCCGGUCUGUGCUGUCCUUCUCUCGUGCUUUAUUGGAGUUCACGAAAAUUUCUCACUCAUGAAGAUGACUCGAGCGAGACAAGCAGACUUCGCCCCCCCCCCCCCCCCCGGCCUCGUCCUUCCCAAGAGCCAUGCAGUCAGCAGAAGUCAGGAUGAAGAUGAGGUGCACGUUCAUGAAUGCUUACUUCCGUUCAUGGAUAACCCCUUUUCAAUUGGAAAGGAGAUACUCAAUCCUCAAAAGUCGUGUUGUCGGCUCUUGAUCUUCUGUCAGACCAUUCCUUAAGGUCCAUGCCGUCGCACUGACUCGGCACGGUCCAAUGAGACCCGCAGCUAAGAAUAACCCUCGACCGGUCCAGACACUUCUAUUGUCUCUUGGUUCUUUGGGAUCCGACUCUUUCACUGCAGGAAAGACGGUAUCUGCACGCUGCAAAAGCCCUUCAACCCGUCCCGGUGAUGGUGGCUUCUAUGCCAGGCACGCCGUCUCGUCUCGUCGCGGCAGCCACACGCACACAGCACACACACCCCUGGUUACACUUGACCCAUCCCCAUCCUUUCCUUUUAUUUUUCCCCUGUCUCUCUUUCACAUCGGGCUUUUGCCAUCGUGCUCACUCCCAAGGGCAUCAGUUCAACUCCGGGGGUUACACCAGAAUGGUUUAAAGAAAUCAACUCCCUGCCGCUCUCUGCAUACUUCCCGGCAAACCACUGACUUCCUCCUUGCUCCGCGCCCCCCAGUGCGUCUCUAUACUCGAACCUCGCCCAGCCAUCUCAGAGGAUAAGACCAUGUUUUCUCGAUGACCAUCGCACGUUCUUUACUUAGUUCUCUGAUUCAUAUCGACUAUAUUUCACGUUCUUGCACCAGUCAAUUGC